AUGAUAGCAUCUGUUUUUUCAUCAAAGCAACUGUCAAAUUCAAGUGAACGGUAUUCUACACCUUUCACACAACCAUUACUAAUUAGCAGUAAUUCUGUACCUAUCACAUCAAUUUUCAACAACGUAGAGAAGAAACGUCAACACGCCACAAUGUGCGGAUACAUCAUUUUUGUUGCAAUUGUUCGUCGGAAACAGCGAAUUAUCCUUUUUGGAAGUCCAGCGAACAAAGCCGGUCUUCAGGUUGGUGAUUGUAUCGUUGAGGUGAACGGUUGUUCAGCUGAAGGGAAAGAUUAUGCAUACAUUGUUGGACUUAUCCAUCAGAUGGAAGAACUUGCUGCUGAAAACUUUCAUUUCGAUUGGGUGUGGAGAGCGGGGCAGAUCGAUAUCUAA